AUGGGCAUAGACCAACUUGUUGCCAACAGAGUCUCGUGGAUGCGCAAGAGGGAUCUGCACAUACUCACGUCUGGGAUUCACACGUACACAGGCGAUGCGCGGUUUAGUGUGCGUCACCCAGAGCACAGCGAUGACUGGGACUUGCGCAUUGAGUAUGUACAGAAAAGAGAUGCGGGAGUGUAUGAGUGUCAAGUGAACACUGAGCCCAAAAUCAACUUGGCGAUCAUGCUGAACGUUGAUGUAUUCUCCCUUCCAGAUGCCCAGGCAUCGAUAUCCGGUCCCCCGGAGGUGUACGUCAAGAAAGGCAGCACCAUCUCCCUGACGUGUACAGUGAACGUCCACUCCACGCCCCCAUCAUCGAUCCUUUGGUACCACGGCCACGCUGUCGUUGACUUCGACUCACCACGAGGCGGAAUUAGCCUAGAAACAGAGAAGACGGAGGCAGGUACCACCAGCAAGUUGCUGGUGACGAAAGCCUUGCUGAGUGAUACGGGGAACUACACGUGUAUGCCGUCCAACGCUAGCCCUGCAUCGACAGUAGUUCAUGUUUUAAAUGGUUUUCAGACGUGA